UUGGUUAGCGACCUACUGGACCUCGGGCUGCGUUGUUUGCUAUUAUGGUGGCGAGGUUCGACAAGGCCUUGUGUUGAUGAUACAGGUCUGUAUCUAUAAUAUGCCGCCAUGGACAUUUUUGACGAAGGAAUUUGCGAUGAUAUAUUAGCCGAGGACUGGGCAAAAGUAGAACGAUCCAGAAGGGCAGAUGGUUAUAAAGAGGGCAUAGCUCAAGGGCAGGAAUCCUGUCUUCAGCAGAGUUUCAAUUCUGGGUUUUCGCAAGGAACAGAAGCGAGCUUCAGCCGUAGCUUCAUCAAAGGAACUAUCAGUGCACUAAUAUCAAUGCUCCAUCUUAAAGAGCAGGAUGUAAAUGAUGCGGAAAACACGGAAGCCGUCAAAGACCUAGAGUCAAUCAUGCAUGAUUUAGAUUCUCUUCAAUUUGAUGUUACAAAGGGAUGCUGUUCUAGUGGUGAAGUGAUCACUAGUUCAUCUAAAGAUGGUCUAAAGAGAAAGGAGGAAGACCAAACAGAUAAGAAAACAACAUGCUGUUUAGACUAUGAUACUAGUCAGUCUGACUCUCCCGGUUCAAGCUCUAAAUGUAUUCGUGAUGAAAAUAGCGAGGAAGUGGCUGGUGGCAAGUCUACUUCAUCUAUUAUGAUAAAUGCUGCUGAGAACAGUGAAGAACAUUUGUUCUAUUCACAGUCGCGCAAUCAAGAACUCAAUAAGAUCGUUCAAAGAUUAAAGCCACAUCUGCAGAGGACUAAGUGUGAACAUAUUCUAUCUGUAUCUCAUCAAUUUCUUUAGUACUUCCUGGUAAAAAGGGAUCCUAAAGGUGGCUCAGUGGUAGAGUGCCUGCCUUGUUAACAGGUCGUGGGUUAGCUGCCCUGCUGAGUCAUACCUAAAACUAUAAAAAACAGGACCUUCUGCCUUCUUGUCAGGCACUCGACGUAUUAAUAAUAGUAAUAAUGAUAAUAAUAAUAGUCAGUUCUUGUAUAGUGCAUAACACAUUAUGUAUAACGUCUCUAUGCGCUUCCAAAGGACUUGGAUAUUAUUACCCCAGCUGUAGCUCAAGCAGCCUUUCCAGCGCUCGGCACUUCAGGGAAUAAAAAUCCUGCCAGGUACCCAUUCACCUCACCUGGGUCGAGUGCAGCACAAUGUGGAUAAAUUUCUUGGUGAAGGAAACUACGCCAUGGCUGGGAUUUGAACCCACAACCCUCUGUUUCAACGUCCGGAGACUUAUCCACUGUUCCACAGUGCUACACGAAUCGAGGAGGGUAAUCAUAACAUUGUGCAGGGCACACAUGGAGAACGGUCAAUAUCAGCUGAAGUACCUAUUCUUGGUCAUUUAAGAGUUUUUAUUAUCAUUUUGCUAUGGACCAUGAAGAAGUUUUGGUAUGAAGUACUAAUCAGAUUCUACAGUGCACAAAAAAAAUAUGCUUUUGAAAUGGCAACCAAAUACGUACCACCAUAGGGGAAAGCUAUAUGGAAAGCAAAUGAAAUUAAUUUUUAAAUAACAUCUUAUCUAAGUUGGCAGUGCUCACACAAGCAUGAAUAUUUUUCCAACUUUUUUUGCCAUUUGAAAGUUGCCUUUAUUGGCUUUCUAUAAAGGUUUCCCCCCAUAGUGGUAUAUUUCUUAGUUGGCGACCACUUCAAAAGUGUAUAUUUUUUUGAGAUAUGCUGUAUUGUUUGGUCACAUUAUAUUCAAGUG